GCGCGCAGAGACCGAGAGCGUGCAUGUGAGUGACACCAGGCUCCAUCACUGACUCUCCCCUGCAGCCACGCUCAGUCUCUCAAUCCUCCUUCCCGAAGAGAGACGGAGAGAGAGACGGAGGGAUUCACGCAACAGACAAGUGAAUUAAACAGUAUUGCUAUCUUUUUUUUUUUUUUUUUUAAGAAAAAACUGAGAAACUAAAGGAAAGAGGCAGUGAGAAAUAAAAGGGCAUCUUCUCUUUAUUUAUUUAUUUAUUUAUUUAUUUAUUUUUGUCAGCAUCAAGAUCAAGAGCCUCAGCGCUCAGUGCUCACUGCCGGAGGAGGAGAGAGGAGAGGAGAGGGAUGCUGAACAACAUGACGGACUGCGAGGAUGGAGAGGGGGGACCCAACAUCCAGGGUGAUGGGAACCCCAAAGAGAGCAGUCCUUUCAUCAACAGCAGUGCAGCCAGUGAUGCAGAAAAGAGCCAGCAGUAUGACGGCAAGAACAUGGCUCUAUUUGAGGAGGAGAUGGACACCAGUCCAAUGGUUUCCUCUCUGCUCAGCACUCUGGCCAACUACUCCAACCUGCCGACUGGCAGCAAAGAGCAUGAAGAGGCAGAGAAUAACGAGGAGGGGAGCGGGGCACGUCCGUCUAAAAAACCUGUCAAGGCUCCUCAACUGGGCACUCUGAUGGGAGUGUACUUGCCUUGUAUCCAGAACAUUUUUGGGGUUAUCCUCUUCCUGCGGAUGACGUGGAUGGUCGGGAUUGGGGGCGUCUUCGGCUCCUUCAUUAUCGUCUUCAUGUGUUGUUCUACAACCAUGCUCACAGCCAUCUCCAUGAGUGCCAUUGCGACGAACGGAGUCGUACCAGCCGGAGGUUCGUAUUACAUGAUCUCUCGCUCCCUGGGGCCUGAGUUCGGUGGAGCUGUGGGGAUCUGCUUCUACCUGGGCACCACGUUCGCAGGUGCCAUGUACAUUCUUGGCUGUAUUGAAAUUCUGCUGAUUUAUAUUGUUCCUCAGGCAGCCAUUUUUAAGAUCGAGGGCCUGGAGGGGCCGGAGGCAGAGGAGGCUCUUCUCAACAACAUGCGGGUGUACGGCACCAUUGUGCUGAGCUUCAUGGCGCUGGUGGUGUUUGUGGGAGUCAAAUAUGUCAACAAGCUGGCGCUGGUCUUCCUGGCCUGCGUCAUCCUAUCUAUUGUGGCUGUAUAUGGCGGUGUCAUCAAGUCCGCCGUCGAACCCCCUGUCUUUCCCGUGUGUCUCCUGGGAAAUCGAACUCUUAUGUCGAAAGUAUAUGACGUGUGCGCGAAGGUCAUCGAAAUAGACAACGAGACCAUCACCACCAAAUUGUGGAGGAGCUUCUGCGACUCCGAGUCGCUCAAUGCGACUUGUGACGAAUACUUUAAUAACAACAACGUCACAGAGAUACAGGGCAUCCCAGGAGUCACUAGUGGCAUCUUGGCCGAGAACCUGUUUGGUAACUAUCUGGAAAAAGGGAUGAUCCUGGAGAAGCGCGGAAUCGCAUCGGAUGUGGAUCCGGACAGUGUGUCCACCAGCUCCAACCGCUACGUCCAGGCUGACAUCACCAGCUUCUUCACCCUGCUGGUGGGGAUAUACUUCCCGUCUGUCACAGGUAUCAUGGCUGGCUCAAACCGGUCUGGAGACCUACGCGACGCUCAGAAGUCCAUCCCUAUCGGCACCAUUGCAGCUAUCACCACCACGUCCACUGUGUACAUGUCCUGUGUGGUGCUUUUUGGUGCUUGCAUAGAAGGAGUAGUCCUAAGAGACAAGUUCGGUGAAGGGGUCAAUGGUAACUUGGUGAUUGGUACGCUGGCAUGGCCGUCUCCGUGGGUCAUAGUGUUUGGCUCCUUCUUCUCCACCUGUGGAGCAGGACUUCAGAGUCUGACGGGAGCCCCACGUCUCCUACAGGCCAUAUCCAGGGACGGCAUCAUCCCUUUUCUUAGAGUGUUUGGCCAUGGCAAAGCCAACGGAGAGCCCACCUGGGCGCUUCUACUCACAGCUAGCAUCUGUGAGAUUGGCAUCAUCAUUGCCUCCUUGGAUGCAGUUGCACCCAUCCUCUCCAUGUUCUUCCUGAUGUGCUACAUGUUCGUCAACCUCGCCUGCGCCCUGCAGACUUUGCUCAGGACGCCAAACUGGAGGCCGCGCUUUAAAUUCUACCACUGGGCUCUGUCGUUCCUGGGUAUGAGCCUGUGCCUUGCGCUCAUGUUCAUCUGCUCUUGGUAUUACGCCAUAGUCGCCAUGGGCAUCGCCACCUGCAUCUACAAAUACAUUGAGUUCUGCGGAGCUGAGAAGGAGUGGGGUGACGGGAUACGUGGCAUCUCGCUCAGCGCCGCACGCUUUGCCCUAAUGAGGCUGGAGGAGGGCCCGCCGCACACCAAGAACUGGAGGCCUCAGGUCCUGGUUCUGGUGAGCGUGGACGAAGAGCAGAACGUGGAGCAGCCCCGUCUGCUCUCUCUGACCAAUCAGCUGAAAGCGGGGAAGGGUCUGACCAUCGUCGGCACCUCCGUUCAAGGAACCUUCCUGGACAACUACGCUGAGGCCCAGAGAGCAGAUCAGUCUUUGCGUAAGCUGAUGGAGACAGAGAAGGUGAAGGGUUUCUCCCAGGUCGUCAUCUCCUCCAACCUCAGAGACGGGACGUCCCACCUGAUCCAGGUCGGGGGCCUCGGAGGUCUGAAGCACAACACCGUGAUGGUCAGCUGGCCCCGUAACUGGAAACAUCCCGAGUACCAUCAGCAGUUUAGGAAUUUCAUCGAGGUGGUUAGAGAGACAACCAUAGCCAGUCUGGCCUUGUUGGUUCCCAAGAACAUCUCCAGCUAUCCAUCCAACGGAGAGCGCUUCACUGAAGGCCACAUAGACGUCUGGUGGAUUGUCCACGAUGGAGGCAUGCUGAUGCUUCUGCCCUUCCUGCUGCGCCAGCACAAGGUGUGGAGGAAGUGCAGGAUGCGCAUCUUCACUGUUGCUCAAAUGGAUGACAACAGCAUCCAGAUGAAGAAAGACCUCCUCACCUUCCUCUAUCACCUGCGUAUUGACGCUGAGGUGGAAGUGGUGGAGAUGCAUGACGGUGACAUAUCAGCAUACACCUAUGAGAAGACCCUGAUAAUGGAGCAGCGAUCACAGAUCCUCAAACAGAUGCAUCUGACCAAGAAUGAGAUGGAGAGAGAGAUCCAGAGCAUUACAGAUUCUUCCCGUGGGUCCAUCCGGCGUAAAAACCCGUCCACCCUGAGGCCCCAGCACAGCGGGGAGGAGGCGGCAGCCAGCGUGGCAGAAAGCCCAGAGGAAGAGUCUGUGGCUGUCUCCAACCCGAAACAGGUGCAGCUGAUCCACACUAAGAAUGCCUCCACGCCGACGAGCCCCAUAAGCCCCACGGCACCUGCAGGGGGCGCUGCCGCCUCCGCCGACAAGAAGGGGGCAGAUAAGGGGAAGACCUUUUUAGCGGCGACCCCAGAGGCGGGCAAAGAUCGCUUCAACAUGAAGCCGAACCAGACUGAUUUGAGGCGCAUGCACACGGCGAUGCGGCUCAAUGAGGUCAUCACAAAGAAGUCCAAGGAGGCAAAACUUGUCCUGCUCAACAUGCCGGGACCACCAAAGAACCGCGUGGGCGAGGAAAACUAUAUGGAGUUCCUCGAGGUGCUCACCGAAGGCCUCAAUCGGGUCCUCCUGGUCCGUGGAGGCGGACGGGAGGUCAUCACCAUCUACUCCUGAAGAGCCUUUAGGUUCCUUUAUCUGCCCCUGCACUGACUCUCCUCCCUGCCCUUAGUACUACACGUUGUACUCAAACGGCAGUGUUUUCAGGUGACCAGCUGUUACAUUUUAACCUCUAAACUACACACAACCUUACAGUCACCUCUUCGUUGUCGACCGAUAGCAGCAGUUGAAUUUAUGGGCGGCAAGUUUGACAGAAAACAAUGUAUUCAAGCUUUUCAGUCACUUCCUUUUUCUGAUUUGUUCAGUCUUUCUAACUUUUGUUCCCGGCUCCCCCCAGUGAAACAGAAAUGUUAUUUAUCACUUUUCUCAUUUUCUGUUAUUUAUUAUUGAUGUUAUUGAUGUAUUUAUUCAUCUACUCAUGUCUGUCUUUGUCUGUUUUUUUUUUUUGUUUUUCACUGUAUAAGUGAGUAUGUUUGGAAGUGCUCAAUUACUGAUACUAGAGGGCUGUUAAUGAUACAUCGUGAGAUGAAGUUGGUUAAGGACCAUUAAACUUCUUUUUGGCCGCAUCACAAAACUUUGAGCUCCGUGACGGCCACUUUAAAUGAUAACAGUUCACUAAUCAGUUGCCUGGAGAGCCCAGCCAUUGUCCUGUGGUAGAUACUGUUGCUCACUGAUGAAGGUGCUUUUCAUUUCAAAAUAUUUGGACUAAACUCAUAAAAAUGAACAUGCUGAAUUAGAAUUUUAUCUUUUAUUUGUAUCCAUUCUGAAAAUACUAGAGCUUACAAGCAAACCGUGCCAUUAUAUAAAUAUAAUGUAAGAUUUAAACAGAUUUUAGAUCAUUCUACUGUAUAAUAUUCAAGAGACAGUUAGCAGAUGCAAAGAUUUUAUUUAUUUCAUACAUUUGAUUUAAAAACACCAGAUAUAUUAUGAUAUAUUGUAUAUUUCUACUAUUUGAACCAACAUACAAAGUUUUAUUAUAUUUAACAAAUCAAAAGGGAAAUGAAACUAAGAUAUCUUACAUUUUUAAUGUUAUGUUCUGGGAAAUAAAAGAGAUUUAAAGGGUCAUUAUUUGAAUAAUUUGAAAUACAAAAAGUAAAGAAAUAGUUUGCAUGUUAGGAAAUACACUUGUUUGUUUUCUUGUCGUGGUUCAUGUGAAACAUUCAGUCCCACUAUUGAAGCCCGUAUGCUAUGUGUAGCCAUAGCUAAGAAAUGGCUAGAUUAGCUUAGCAUAGAGGAUAUAAAACAUGAGAAAUUGUUAGCCUAGUACUGUCUAAGUGUAAAUCAGUUCCUCUAUCAGUCUUGUGUGCCUAAUCCAAACAAAAAAAAAUACUUUUUUAAACCUGCAGCCAGUGUAUUUACAGAGGGGUUACGAGCUAAGUUGUUUAUUUGGAGCAGCAACUUUCAGGCAACUAUGACAAGGAACUUGACAAGGAAACAGUCUCGCAUAAAACUCUCUAAAAUGGUUAAAACAAACUAGUUUUAAUGUGCAAUUAUGUGAAUUUUACUAGCGGGUGUAUUUUGCCAAUAGCUGAGUGAUUCCCCAUGUUUAUCCUAAGCAAUGCUGUAUAUUAGCUUAGCUAUUAGCUUUAGCUACCAAGCUGUACAUAGUUACAACUCAAACACAAGAGUUGUAGUAAUCUUCUCACCUUUCUCUUGGCAAGAAAACAAAUAUGUUACUUUCUAAAACAUGUAAAACUAUGACUAUAAAAUGAUCUAUUUGAAUAUUUGCCGGCAGUGGCUAUAUAAUGUUGGUGUUGGUGAAAUAGUGCGCUUUAAAAUCGAAAUCAUCUAAGGGUUAAAUGAAAUGAUCCUGUCUCUCAGAUGUUUAGUUUGUGUGUGUGAGAGAGAAUGAGUGUAUGUACAAUUGAUUUUUAGCUUCUGUUUGUGUAUUGUAUUGUAAUAUUUGAGCAUAAAGUACAUGUCAUAGACUUAGACACGUCCUUGUCAUAAGGAUAAAAGUAGUUUCUUGCUCCAGAACAUGCAGAGUUUGUAAUAUCAGUAUUCAAAGCAUUUAAUAGGCUAGUAAUAGUUUUGUUGGUUCAAACAUGUAGUUGGAUUCGUUUUCUUUUUUUUUUUCUCUCCUUGGACUGUAUUUAAUUUAGACAUUUCUGCAGCAGGACAAUUCUUUGCUAUAUUGUAGUACUUUGAUUUCAUCCUGAUGUAUUGUACAUAUGAUGUUUCUGAUGCUGGAGCAUAUACAACUUACUUGCUCAAAGACGCAAAGAUUUUUUGUCCCUUAAUCUGAAAAGUGUGGGUGGGUAACAUCAAACAGCAACAACAAAAACUGAAUUUAAUUUUGAUCCAUAAGACAAUGGUGUCAGUUUGCAUAAAUUCAAAGAACGAAUAAAUUUAGAUUUGUAAUUCUCAACUCCAUCAGUGAGUGUGUGGAUGCCAUAUGUUUGUAUGUGACACUUGUUUGAGAGAGGACAGUGGAUACGGAAUAGUGAGAUGGGACACUUGUAAAUAGAUCUGUGAUUUAUAGAUCAUAAUAGAUAUAGUUCAUAUAGAGAUAUAGAUAAUAAUGUCACGUGUGUCAAUACAGAUUUUAUAAAUGCAAAAUAAUUAGAAUUCUCUUGUAAAAGCUAAACUUUGUCUUAUGUUCUAUCAUAUGCAAUUGUGUACAAGAAAUGGUUUAAAGAUUUAAACCAUUUUAUAUGUGUGGACAAAAUGCAAUAAAUAAUUUUAAUACAACAACUGAAA